GCGUAUACUGAUGCCUCAGGUGAGGAAUCCCAUCUUCAGCACGGUGCAAUUGCUAAAGGAUUGUUGCAUUCUGCCAUUUUUCAUCUUGUAUUCUUUCAGCAUUUGCGCACCCAGUACUCGACACUAGAGAGGAGGGCAGCCUUAUGGAAAUGUAGACAUAUAUCCAGCCUGGCCAGGUUCUGCACAGUAGCCUGGCAUGAGUGCCUGGAAUUAAGUAACGCAGCUCCUCUGCAUACCAAAUGAGAGUGACACUUAGGAUCCACCUCUUGGCAGUAACUAACAUGGCUCAUCUCAGGUAACUCCCUACCUCCCUAUGCAAGUCAGAAGUAGGAAGAGCUCCUUUAUUCUUCUCUGAUACCGCCUGAGCAGGAGGCAGACAGCCAGGCUGACUUUUCUGUCAUGACUUCGGAGAGAGACCGGCAACUGGGCAGCUUAACUGUCUUUAAUAAGCAGGAUUUUGAAGAAGACUGGGUUAAAGUGGCCAGCGGAGGCUUUGGGCAUGUGUACCAAGUCAAGCACAAGAGGUGGAGAACAGUUUAUGCAGUGAAGUGCUCCCCGUAUCUGCUGCAGGACACCAGCGUGGAGAGGACCAGUAUGAACUGUCUAAUGGAAGAGGCAACCAAGAUGGAGAAAAUCAAAUUCCAGCACAUUGUCACUAUCUAUGGGGUCUGCAACAGCCCUUUGGGGAUAGUGAUGGAAUAUAUGGCGAGAGGGUCCUUGGAGAAAAUUCUUCCCACUCACAAAAUGUCAUGGCAGCUCAAAUUCCGGGUUAUCCAUGAGAUGGGCUUGGCUAUGAAUUUCCUGCAUAGCAUGACACCUCCUUUGCUGCACUUAGAUCUAAAACCAGGGAACAUUCUCCUAGAUGGGAAUAUGCAUGUCAAGAUCUCGGACUUUGGGCUGUCGAAAUGGAUGGAGCAGUCUAGCCGAAUGCAAUAUAUUGAAAGCUCUGCUUUGAGAGGCACUUUGAGCUACAUCCCCCCAGAAAUGUUUCUCCAGAACAGCAAGCCCCCAGGAAUCAAAUAUGAUGUGUACAGCUUUGGAAUCGUAAUUUGGGAGAUACUUAUGCAGAAGAAACCUUAUGCAGGAGCCAACAUGAUGGCCAUUAUAGUCAAGGUUGCAGCAGGAAAGAGGCCCUGCCUAGAACCCAUCAGUGAUGACUGGCCAGGGGAAUGCCAGCAGAUGGUUGACUUGAUGAAGAGAUGUUGGGACCAAGACCCUAAGCAAAGACCAAGCUUUACAGAUAUCCCUGUAGAAACAGACAUGCUGCUGUCACUGAUACAAAGCCUUGUAGUAGAUCCAGAGAACGAGCGCCUUGUUAGGAAGAUGUCCCACAAGCCUGCCAUCUCUGGGAACCAGCAGAGUGACAAAGAAGAGUUCACCUUCCCCAGAGACACCAGAAGUGGUGAAACUGAUAAUCAGGAGGUUCAUAUCCCACCUUCUUACAGUGAGGUUGAAAGUCCAGGGGACAUCCUGUCUGAGGAAAUCUUUAGAGUCCAUGAAAAUGGCCUCACAUUACUUCACCUGAUGGUGAUCCAGGGAAAUGUGGAAAAGGUGAAGUUUCUCCUGAGCUGUAAAGCCAAUGUGAACAGCCAGGUAGUCUGUGGCUACACCCCGCUCAUUAUGGCUGUUCAGAAGAGGUCGCCAGAGAUCUGCUCAGUUCUGAUAGAGCAUGAUGCGGACAUCAAUAUGCCUGAUGACGAUGGCUGGACACCUCUUCACUUCGCUGCUCAGAAUGGGGAUGAUAGAAUUGUACGCCUCUUGCUGGACCACCAGGCACAGGUAAAUGCUCAGGAGCAUGACGGGUGGACCCCUCUGCACUUGGCAUCACAGAACAACUUUGAGAAUGUGGCCCGAGUACUGCUAUCUCGCCAGGCUGACUCCAACACCCAGGAGGUUGAUGGGAAAACUGCCCUCCAUGUGGCAGCUUGCUUUGGACAUGUCAGUUUGGUGAAACUGCUUGCCAGUCAAGGAGCGGACCUGGAGAAAAAGCAGAAGAACCAUAGAACCCCACUUCAUGUUGCUGUGGAGAGGGGGAAGUUCAGGGUAGUCCAUUAUUUGCUGAAGAAUGGGACCUCUGUCAACAGCCUGGAUCAAAAUCAUUACAGUGCCCUGCACCUGGCUGUGGUGAGAGGGAAGUACCUUAUCUGUGAGAAGCUCAUCAAAUACGGAGCCAAUGUGGAGCUGAGGACAGACAAAGGUUGGACUCCCCUGCACCUGGCUUCUUUCAAAGGACACAUUGAAAUCAUCCACCUGCUAAAAGAUAGCCAUGCCAAACUGAAUGCCAAAGGAAGCAUGGACUGGACACCACUUCACUUGGCUACUCGCUACAGUGAUGAGCCGGUAGUCUGUGAGCUAUUGAGAUGUGGGGCAGAUCCCAACAUUGCUGAGAAGUCAGAGUGGGCCCCCCUCCAUUUUGCAGUCCAGCGGGGCUCCUUUUUGACUGUCAUCAAUCUUCUGGAGUGCAAGGCAGAUGUCAAUGCUAAGAACAAAGUGGGUUGGACACCCUUGCACCUCGCUGUCCUCAAGGGCAAUAUGGCCAUUAUAAAGACCUUGAUUAAGGCUGGUGCUCUUCUUGACGUGGAAGAUAUCACUGGCUGUACAGCCCUCCAGUUGGCAAUUAGACAUCAGAGAGAAAACAUCAUUACACUGCUUCAAGGCAAGGACUCGCUGAUAAAUAAAUCAGGGAAUAGGACUCUGGUGAAUGAUGCUAAGAUUUCAAGACCCAAAUUUGUUCUGGGAAGGACAGAUUUGUAGAUUCAUCAAGUGUGGUAUUUAUGACUUGCAUUUUCCAAUAACAGGUGCUAUGCCUUAAACCAGCAUAUCCUGUCACCUGGUGAUUACAGGAAAAUACUUUUUUUUUUUUUUUUUUUUUUUUAAUGGAAGUUUCUAAGCAUGAGCACUAAAAGAGUAAAAGAAAAUGGAGCUGCAGAAGGAAGCCGACAAGUUAUUUUCCAGAGUCUGACCAAGCUUGUAGAACAUUUUGGCUUGGUGAUGCUGGCUUUAGGCAAUGCUUUCCUGUUUUAAUACUUACAGUGCAGGGAUGGAGAUGGGUAUAUGUACUCGCUUUUCAUAUGGGCAAUGCUGAAACUGUGCAUAGCAACCCAUAUAUACAUGUCUUCCACAGAUUUUAUUGGGUUUAUUCCAUGUUUUCCUACAGAGAAAAUUGGUGUAAAAUGGCCUUGGCACAGGUGGGAAUUGAAUCAUGAGAUUCUCACCUGCUGCUGGAAAUAGACACUAAGCAUAUGGUACAGCAAUGUGUCAGAUUUUCUGACAUCUCAUUUUUGUAACAAGAAAAAAAUAAAACAAGGAAGGAAGAAAAAUCACUGGUAGAAAGUAUUUAAAUGGAUACAACACAGAGAAAAAGAAAUUCCAGAAUAAUUCCACUCCAUCCCUUCAGAACAAAAGAGCCAAGAGCUUUUUUCCUAAGCAUUCAAAUUACUUACUGACCACCUCCACACUUCAGACUUUAAACACUGAGGUUGCCAUUAGAAAGAUGGCUCUAAGGAUAAGCCAAAAAGUGGGUGCAGUUCUGAAACCUGUUCCCUGCCACAAGGGCUACAAAUAACCUCCAGUCUUAACUACAAAAUGCUGCUGUGGGAGUUUCAUAGAAUGGUUGAAAGAGUUCCUCAGAAAAGCGGUAUCUAA